UUCUUAAAAACUUUUUCUAGAUAACUUUUUUUUAAAAAAAUUGCUCGAUAACUUUUAUCAAAAACUUUGCUCGGAAACAGAAACAUGAAGUUUGCUCGAGUUUCUAACCUGCCAAACUAAAAUUCCAAAUUUUUGCACUUAGAUGGUCAUCCUCAGUUAUAACAGCAACAUGCUUCCCACUAAAGGUUGGGCAAUAGAAUCUCUUGCUGUGAAGAGCCAUCAAUCCUUUUACCACAUCCAUACAAAGACAAUUAGUUAAUAAGUUUUAUCAGAUUUGAGCAAGUUAAAAUAAAGUAAGCCAAAAUGUAAAUUGACGUACCCUAUUACUUCAAUGAAUUCUUCGGAAAAUCUUCCAUUCUCUGCAGUCAUGUUACUCUUUUGUUCAAUAAAACUUGCGAAGGUUUUAUCAAAAAAUGGCAGUGCCAAAAAAGUCUGACGACAUAUCUCAUUAGUCCCUUUGAUGCAUCCAUACACAUUCACCACAUAAGGACUGCAAACUGAACUAAGAUAAUCAGCUAAGAUAAUUGCAGAGCCUCCGUCAGAAUAGUUAAAGGAUAUAAGGAUCCCUUUCACUGAACAUUUGCUUUCACCAAAGUUAACUGACACCUCAUUGUAAGAUAAUGGGUCUUCAGACCCUAUUGUUUUUAUGUCCGUACUGUCUAAUUGAACGUUUGUGUGACCAACUAUCUGAACAAAGUGGAAAAAUACGCACCAACUAGAUGCUAGUAACUGAAACAAAAACCGUAAUGAAAUUUCAAACUACAAGAUACAUUCAUUAGGUAUCUCUUACCGUUCUCAGAAUCAAGCUGCCAGUGUUGGGAUCCUCCUUUGCUGGUGAUAUUGUGGACAUUGCACUUGUCACCGCGGGCGCCCAGGACUAUGAUUCAGCGCAAACCGGCUGUCAAAAGCAAGAAUACCACAGCGAGCUAAGCACAAUUUCUGUUGCACAAGCAAAUACACUGCUGCCACCGAGAGAAACACCAACUUGCAAGAGAACCAAUCCUGCACACAACCUUUGAUCCCACUCGUAUUUGCUUCUGCUGGCACCAAUUUAGCCUCGCAAAACCCGUCAAACACACUGCACCGUUGAAGAUAAGGAAGAAUUAACUAGGGUCCUAAACCCUAACUAAAAAAGGUAACAUCCUUAAGCAACAGAGAUGGAGAUAAGGAGAACGCCUCUGUACCUCACAAGAGGUUGAGCACGCCGGAGAAGGGUGCUGCAGGUGGUCGUCUGAGCUGACGGAGAACGACGGCGGGGUGCACUGGAAGAAUAGAGCUCGGGGUAAGAUGAGAGCACCGGGGCGAUCUCCAAGAGAGAAGAAAAGCAUUUGCUAUGUUUCAGGAAGGAGGACCUCAGCAGUACAACAUUGGCCGAUUUAAGAAAAGUUCUUGUUGGGUCCCUUGAUGAUUUGGUUCUAAAGGAUGCUACAACUCUCUCAGAUGAUCCAAUGGGUAGCACUGUUAAUCUUAAGGCAAAAACCAAGCAUAGGCGGUGCUUACUUGUUGUGCUGGCUGCCUUGGAAACAAACACUGUAAUUGGGAAAGUUACAGCAGGGGGAGAAGGAAAUCUCAGCCCGAUAUCCAACAUCAGUAACAAUUCAGGUCGGAGUAGUGAUAGAAGCAGUGGCAUCUGGAAUGAAACUUACUGUAGCAGCUUAUCUGAGGACUACGAUUAUGUUCGAUUUAUGAAUUAUCAAGAUAGCAGUGGUGACACUGUUAAUAUUAUUAAUGCCUGCAAAGAAUUUGUUGAGGUUGCUGACCCUGCAAUGCUGGGAUCUGAUCGUUCUCGGGAUGUUCUUUAUCGUCUCAAACGAACUUCUAAGAUACCACCUGCACUUUCUGAAUAUGUGGCACCAUCAGUUGAACUUCUCCUUCAUUCUGUAUUAUUUUUCUGGGAACCUAGAUUUCAUCCCAUGAUACGCAAGGCCAACAUGGACAAACUUUUGAAUGUAGUUGAUGGAUUGACGGCAAGUGCAAAAUGCUUAGAGCCGGUAGUACCAAUUAUUGGAGAUUUCUCGCUUCAUUUGCAACCUUAUGCACAGGCUUUGGUUGAGAAUAAGCUUAAAGAGUCCAAGUAUUAUAUCGCAAAAGAACAAAUAAGCGUGCAUGAAGAGUUUGACGAGUUUUUGGCCUCUGGCGAAUUAGAUGAUUAUAUGGAUCAGUUUAUGUCUUCAAAGGAUGAUUUUAUGGAGGAGCUUGUUGUAAACAAGUUGUUGCCAAGUCAGUUUUUGGUAUUGGACUGUUUUCUAAUAAAAUUAUCUUUUGAGCGGAGAGCUGAGAUUGUGCACAUGCAUACUGAAAUCUGCACCUAUGAUAAAUGUUUGCGAGGUCUCUUUGCGAGUGAGCCACUGAAAGUUAAAGCCCAAAGUUUGAUCAGUGAGCUUGAAGCAGAAGGUUUUUUUGAUGUCAACAGCAAUCGGAUCAAUUGGGGGAAGACAUCUUUUUCAGAACGGGUAGACAAAUUCAGUUCUGAAUUUUUCCCCAGGAAUUCCCUUCCUAAGCACUAUGCUAUCCGUGGACUAGUAAUCGAUUGCCGGACAAUCUUAUUACAGAAGGAUAUCAGCCAGCAAGAAGCAUUGGAAAAGGUGGUUGUUGAUGUAUGCAAUAGCUUGACUGGAUAUCUUCGAAAGUUUUGGAAGGAUACAAGGUACUGUGAGCACCAGUACUAUCAUAUUAUAAGGGAUCCCUUAAGGAUUAGGCAGGUCAAUUCGGGCCCCAGAACACAACCAUUCUAAGGUGUCACAAGCUUUGAUUUGCUCCGUAUGUGAUGCAACUUUAGCUGAAUAUAAUUUUUCCGAGGUUAUUGUAAGGUAUGGUUAGGGAAAUCAAUGUAUUUCAUGAUGGUUCUGUUGAGGAACACUAGCAUGUUUAUUUUGUCGUCCUUUUAAAUGAUAUAUUAUUAUUACUCUUAUAUGUAAACAUCCAAAUUCGAAUGCGGAUUUAAGACAUUGUUGUCGACGGCUGUGCUGAA